AGAUGUCCUGGAGGAAUAACAACACAUAGCACUUCGAAUGAACUUUUUCCGAUGAUAAACAUUAAAACUACUAUGUUAUUGUCCCUGGAAACCAGGUUAAGAGUAUAUAUCUUUCUCGAUUUUGCUCUAAUAUUGGAUGCGAAUAUGUUCUCAGCCCGUCUGAAUGGGUCCUGCGUUAGGGAAAGGUUUCGUGUUGCACUAGCCUUUGUGUCUUCACACCUCAAAGGCAGAGCUAAAAUAAAUAGGCUCACUCGGUACACGGCAAACAGCUCUAAAGGAAGGAGGAAACGACCAGACAUAUGUCAGAGAGAUUUUAUACUAACAAGGAUAAUGUGGCGAGCAUUGCUGGUGUGUGUGACCACUCUGACUGUACACUGUGAGACAGGCUCUGCUACAUGUAGACAACACUCUACCUUUCGACCAGCAGAUGACCAGGACAUCACAGUAAUGUGUGGAACUGAUAAUAUCCAUCUAAGCAUCCUCCUGUGUCCAGUUUACUACUCUGGCUAUAAUGAAUCUCUUAUAGCCCUCAAUGGAAAAUUUAACACUCCAGCCUGCCGUGGAAUUGUGGAUUUGAAAGCCAGUACCCCUGUCCUGAGAUUUAAUUUCUCAAUCUCUGCAGAGGAAAUUUCCCUCUGUGACAAUUCUCUUCAGCUUACAGAUGAGGUGGGCACAGUCCAGUUCUCUGACACCAGAGUUCAGUCUAUUAACAUUUCAGGAAGGAUCGUUUCUUGGGAACCAGUCAGUGACCCCUUCACAUACCACCAAAACCUUAUUUAUCAAUUCUCCUGCCGUUACCUGCUGGAGGAUUUGAUCAAUGACACUGAAGUUAGCAUGUCAGGCAUGAACCUAGCUGCUCGAGAGAACAGAGGAAGUUUUGUCAAGGCACUCCAUAUCAAUCUCUUCACUAAUCGACAAUAUACACAACCUCUAAAAAUACCUGAAAAAGGGUUACAGCUGAAAACUCGGAUAUAUGUCCAGGUCAAGGCAACAAAUCUAACGAACAGGUUAAAUAUCCUGCUGGAUCGCUGCUUUACAACCACAAGCCCUUAUCCAACAAGCACCAUUUAUUACGAUCUUUUUAUUGGGUGCAGACACGAUGGACAGACAGUAGUGUAUUUAAAUGGAGUAUCCCAAGAAGCACGCUUUUCCUUCGAGGCCUUUCACUUUGUGGAACGCAACAACAAAACCUUCUCCACGUUCUACCUGCACUGUGUCACCCGACUCUGUGAGAAUUCCACCUGUCCCUCCAUGCUGCCGAAGUGUAUAAAGAAAAUAAGAAGGUCACUCCAACUGAGUCAAUACCUGAGCAAUGUGGAAACGGUUUCUUCAGGCCCAAUCAAGACCAGAACUGACAGUGCUGUUUCAACACUCUCCAAGUGUACAGACUGUGUUACAGGAGUGGUCAUACUCACAUGCUUGCUGAGUGUCUGCUGUACUGGAUUAGUGGUACAGAUUUUGAUCUAUAGGAGACAUACAUUUUUUGUUAGGUGACCAUUUUAAUGUUUCUUCAGACCAGGCAUCAAAGCUACUUUAUGAAACAAUAUGUUUUUGUAACAGACACACACCUUUAUUUUUUUUCCAAAAUGUAUACUGGAUAUAA